AUAUUAUCUUGUGGAGUAGGCUAUCGACAAAUAUGUUGACUUCCUAGAGGAAAGGCAGUCUGAUUGUGCAAUUGCAUAUCCCCAAGAUUGCAAGUUCUGUCCCACUUAUUUUAUGCCAUGCCUUCAAACUAGUAUGCCGACUCUAAGGGCGUAUCGGGACUCGAAGUCUGCUUCGGAACGUGCAAAGUUGGUAGGCAUGAUGAACAAUGUCAUCGCAAUUGCCAAGCAGCGGGGUAAAUCACACGCUAAGGAGAUUUGGUAUAGUGAACGGGUUUAUGUACCCGUCAACCAUGAUAACUCUCAUUGGUUCUUGAUGGUCCUAUAUCCAAGACAACGAGAGAUCAUUAUUAUCGAUAGCUUAGUGUCAAAUGCUCUCCUAAAGUAUAAGCAGAUGAUCAAUUUGAUGACGGAGGCGCUCCCGAUUCUCUUCCAUGCCAUCGGAGACGUCACCGCGCAUGAAGGGAAGACUUGGACUGCCAAAUCCAUGAAAUCUGUGCCAAAGCAAUGCAACGGUUUUGACUGUGGCAUAUUUGUAAUGAAAUUCAUCGAUAUACUGUGCAGCGGUCGUACCUUGGAGGGAACAGAUAUGCAAAAAUUCACUAUGCAUUGGAGGAAGUCGAUAGCGUAUGAUUGUUUGUCUGUAACCUGUAAAUGAUACUUGUUGUAGGCAUGAGAUGAAAAUGAUAAUUUUGAGGAAUAUUGUAUUAUAUAUAGUGUUGUAUGUACCCCGCACAAUUUGUACUUCAGA